AUGGAAAAAGAAGAAACGAACGCUUUGGAACGACUUGACGGCGACGACGGAAACGACGACGACCGCGCCGCCGAAAAGAAUACUAAUCCACUCGCUUUAGCACCGACGACGCUUUCGACGACGACGGCUUCGACGAAUACUCCUACGCCUACUGCGGUAGGAGAAACACUCGUCGGCCAAACCGCCAAAUCCGCGCAAAUCGACCUUUGGUUGCAACAGACCUUAUCGAAUUUGCCGGUGCAGAGUUGGAACGUGACGUCUUUAGGAGGAAAUGCAGAAAAAGGGACGGGGACGACGACGACGACCACGGCGAGCUUUGAACGGAUGGCAAUUGCUCCAGAACGCGUGGAGGCGUUGAAUGGACCGAUUAUGCGCGUGGAUAGGAUCGAUGGGGAAACGGUUGAUGUGAACAUGAACUUGCACUUUCGAGCGCACUUUGGGAAAGGACAGUUGGAAAAUUCGACGACGAGUUUGUCGAACAACAACAACAACAACAGCAUCGUAGCGGCGGCGGUGGCUAACCCCGGGGGUUCUGCGAAUUUCGGCGCGGAAGAUCGGGUGCAGAAGAAAGGAGGCUCGACGUUGGCGUUAGGCGAGAAGGCACACGAUACCAACGACGCGAGCGGAAGUUCACCGAGACUCGUGGAACUGAGAGGAGACGACGAGGAGUUACACGCGGCGACGACGACGACGACGAUGACGUCAAAUAUAUCCGCCGUGGACACCUACGCGAGCCCGGUGGAUGGGAGAUACGCGGUGGCAAGGUACGAUGGGGACAUCGAAGAUGGUGAAUCGCGUGGAUUCUUAUACAGCGAAUAUAAAGGGAACAAUGAUAACAAUAACAACAACGGCGCGUCGACGAGCGAGCAAAAAACCAACGCGCUUUCCGAAGAGUUUCGCAUAGAUGCCAAGAACGUUCGCCUACUCGAACGCAUAGCCGUCGGCGGUUUCGCGGAAGUCUUUCGAGGCUCGUAUCAAGGCACGUUAGUCGCGGUAAAGCAACUUCUCGAGCGCGGGAAAAGCGUUCGCGAAAAACUAGAGAACGAAGUGCAAACUUUGGCGCGUUUGCGACAUCCCAACCUCCUUCUCUUCAUGGGCUACGCUUUAGAGCCCCCUCUGAUCCUUACCGAGUUCAUGCGUCGCGGCUCUUUGCACGGCAUCUUGAAAUCCGACGAGUGUUUCAAAGUUGACGGUUUGCGGUGUCUGAACAUUACCAUGGCCGUCGCUCGAGGCAUGCACUACCUCCACACUCGAUCGCCACCGAUCCUCCACUUGGACUUGAAAUCUCCAAACAUACUCGUGGACGAAAAAUGGCGAGUCAAAAUCGCCGACUUUGGCAUGUCCCGCGUCCGCUUCUCCACCUUAGCCUCCGCGCGCUCGGAGUUCCACGGCACCCCGGAAUGGAUGGCCCCGGAAAUGCUCCGCGCCGAACCGUACGAUGAACGCGCCGACAUCUACUCCUUCGGCGUCGUCUGUUGGGAGCUCUUAACCACGCGAACGCCUUGGGACGACUUACACCCCAUGCAAGUAGUCGCCGUCGUCGGUUACUCCGAGCGCAGACUCGCUUUACCGACCGAUUGGAACAAACGAAGAGAAGCGCUCGUCGGCGCGUCGUCUCAGAGACAACUCCCGCUCACCCAAGCGGACGAGCUCGCGUUCGACUCCAUAUCGAACUUGUUCGAAACCUGCGCCGCGAAAGACGUCGAAGCGAGACCGAAAUCGUUCGAGUUUAUUUUACGCUCCUUGCAAACGGAAAUGAACGCGUGGCGACGGUCGUUACCUUCUCCUUCCCCGGGGAAUGACAAAAAGGUUGAGACGGGAAAACAAGAAGAGAAUCCUAAGAGCGACGAAAACGGUUUAAAUGAGAGAGAAUAA